GGCAAGCCGACUGGUUGUGUCACGGUGCACAAGCUGCGUGGUGGUCCUCACAGUGCGCUCUGUGCUUUUUUUCUUCGCCACAUCUCUCCCCACGUACACACUUCCCCACGCAACCCACGAAAGGGGUGGCCAGCUACGGUGUACGCGCUCGUGUAUGUGUCCGCAUAAGUCUCCUCGUACAGUGGCAGAGUGAUCGUGGGCAGCGUGAUCAACCGAUAGCCGCACUGAGCACCAUAUGCCAACCGUCGGUGGAGUACAGUGUUUAAUUUCUACCCACCCAUCGGUGUUGCGUUGUCCGGAAGGACCCGAUAAGCGUUCGGUUACCGAGUGAACAGGUUAUUUUCCAGGCCAAAGUGGAUACGUGCCAGUGAAUCGAGUUUUGAAAGGUUGAGCCUUUUGAUAAGAGUGGUUUCGAAGAGAGGCAAGUGUAGCCCGAAGCCCAAAGUUGCACAGGAUCAACGGGACGUUUGCAGUCGAUUUCUCGUGGGAAAGAAGUGGAGGAAUCCCAUCAACCAACGCAAACGCCAACGCAAACGCCGACACGCCGAGCGAAGAAUUUGUCGCAACCCCGAGUGGAGCUCAGUGUGCGGAUGUGUGUGUGCUAGUGUGUGUUCCCAACACCAAAACUCCCCGCCAGUGAAAGCUUGGAAGGGAAAACUGCUUCAGCAAGCCCAGUAACACCAGCCAACAGCUGAACGAGAGCCACGUUCCGUUGUCGUCAUCGUCGUCGUCGCGUCUUGAAGAACUAGCAAGUAAACGAAAAUAUGAGCGGAGAACAGCAGGCCACAGAGUCGGCCCCAGAUGGUCUUGCGCCGGGAGCGGCAGCGGGAGGCGAAGCGGGAGCAGAUGGGAUCGUCGGUGGACCCAGAACUCCGCAGCAGAUUGCGGCACAGAAGCGGCUCCAGCAGACGCAGGCACAGGUCGAUGAGGUUGUGGAUAUCAUGAAGACGAACGUCGAGAAGGUGCUGGAAAGAGAUCAGAAGCUGUCGGAGCUGGACGACCGAGCCGAUGCGCUGCAGCAAGGGGCGUCACAGUUCGAACAGCAGGCCGGCAAGUUGAAGAGGAAAUUCUGGCUACAGAACCUAAAAAUGAUGAUAAUAAUGGGCGUCAUUGGCCUCGUUAUACUCGCAAUUAUCGUAGCAAGAAAUUAAGCCCGCGACCAGCAUUCCAGAAAGAGCCGAGAGCAGGAUCCCCGCAUAGCGCGCAUUAUCCCAUAACAAGCAUAAUCCCAACCAGAUACAAUCUAAAACUAAAGCAGAGAAGUGAAACGACACCAGCGAGAGAGAGAGAGCCGCCGUCGCCCAUCGUCAUCGUUAUGAUCGCCCCAUAAAGCCAUCACAUCCUGCGCUCGCUCGCAUCACCCACGGGGUUUGGAAAGGUCCUUCGAAUUCCGUUUCUUCAGCUCCUUACCAUUGUCGGGAACCAGCUUUUACGAGGCCGUGGCCGUGGGAAGAUUAUUAUUCGUUACCGUUUUUCCCUCGCCACGUUCAAGAUGGUUCUCGUGGAGUUCGUAGCAGAGGGUGAUCCUCGUUUCAGUACCCGUAAUCCGUAACUCAUAUCCGACGAUAAGCGGGUGAACCAUAAGACAACACAGCUAACCCCUAACGCUAAAGUGUUGCAAUCCGAGUGCGUUGUGCGACUUGAUACGUAUGAGCAGAGCCAGAAGCAAACACAUUAGUCACAUCGCAUGGCGCGCAUCAAAAUUGAAGAUCCACCAUCGAAACCGAACCGGAGCAAGGAAACCGGAGCGAGAUGGUGGCCAUGUUUAGGCAAAAACAAACUCAAAAAUCAAAGAAAACCAAUUCACACGCUCAACGACCACAACGUUCUUCGGAGUGCGCGACCAACCACGUGUCUAGCUUCGCGCCCGUAACGAGAUUCUUUUGGAAGUGGCUUUCGGAAGAGGGUGAACGGCGACCGAAACCCUUUGAACUUGAGGCCGUCACGAUACGACACGCCGCCGAACGUUUGUUUCUUCAUUUCUUGAACGUUCAACUACUUUUAUCAAUUUUUAUGCAAAAGACACAGCAUAUAGUCACAGUCCACGAAACAUGAAACCCAC